CAAACCAAUGCCUGGUGUUUUGUGGUCAUGGUCUGUCCGCUCCAUAUUAAUUCCCGCCAUUUCCUCGCGACCUCUGUUUGCAAAACCGAAGGAAGGCACAUAUAUGCAAACGGCCUCGUCCCAUUUUACGCACGGCCUUUGUCGACGUACGCCGGCCUCUCGCUGGAUCGAUCGGAGCUCUCGCGGCGGCCGGCCGGAUCGAUCCCUAGCUGCUACGUAGGGGUAGCUAAUUAAGUAAUAAUCAAAGCCGAAAUGGGGAAGCGCAGCGUGCCCCGGUACCCGGAGGAAGAGGACUCCGGCGGCUGCUGCGGCUGCCUGUGCUGGUGCUGCUGCUUCCUCUUCUUCAUCAUCGCUGCGCUGGCCGGCACGGGGGCCUACCUAUUCUACGCCUACAAGCCCAAGCCGCCGUCCUACUCCGUGAACAACAUGGCCGUCUCGCAGUUCGAGUUCAGCUCCUCCGACCUCACGCUCUACACCAAGCUCGUGGCCUCCGUCCGCGCCGAGAACCCCAACGACAUGAUCGGCAUCAAGUACGCCGAAGGCUCGCGCACCGUGGUGUCCUACCGCGGCACGCCACUGUGCUCGGGCCACCUCCCGACCUUCUUCCAGGGACACAAGAACGUCACCGUCAUGGAGAUCGCCAUGGAGGGCCGCCACGGCUUCGGCUCAGGUCUGCAGGGCGCGCUGGAGGAGAGCGAGAAGUCCGGCAACGUGCCGCUAGACAUCUUCGUCAGCGUGCCCGUCGAGCUGCAACUCGGGACCUUCAACCUCCGGCAGAUCAAGGUCAACGUGCACUGCGCCCUCGUCGUCGACAGCCUCUCGCCCAAGAAGAAGCCUACCAUCAAGUCGGCCACUUACCAGGGCAACGUAGAGUUCUGAUGAUUAACAACUCUGAUCAAUUAACUGUUUGCUCUUUCGGAUCGAUAUUAACCAAUUGAUUGUUCACGUACUGGAUCGAGCUACGAAUACAUAUAUAUACACUUACUGCAUUAAUUCUUGUCUGUAAUUACUGGAGUACUAUAUUCUCUAGUCAAUUGGGUUCCA